AUGUCAAGUGAUUUUAAUGACGAUGCUCAACCCAUUAUUGUGGGUUCGGCUAAAAAUCAAGAAGGAAGACAAUCAGCUCGUCACUCAAAUAAUACAGAUAUGCCGAACAGGUCAUUUUCUUCCUACUGUAACAAAUGGUGGUAUUUUGUAGCCGUCAGCUUUUUAAUUGGUAGUGCUGGAUUGAUCAUCAUCAGUUACUUAUGGGAGACACAACAUAAAGAUAUUCAGAAAUUUAGUGUUGUAUUUGAUGCUGGUUCUUCACAUACUCAACUUUACAUAUAUUCAUGGGAAAGUUCUAAAGUAAAUGGUACUGCUGUGGUCAAACAAACAGCCGCAUUCCGAUCAAAUGAUCAUGGUAUUCAACAGUUCAGUAAUGAUCCUAGCAAAUUAACUGAAGCACUUCAGCCAUACCUGAGGUUUGCAGAACUUAACAUUCCAGCUGAUAAAAUCAGAGAUACUCCUAUAUAUUUAGGAGCAACUUCUGGCAUGCGACUUUUACACCAAUCAAAUGACAGUACUGCAGAAAAAAUUCUAACUGUGAUAAGAGAAACUUUCCAGAAAUCCAGUUUCAAAAUUCAAAAGCCUGAGCAGCAAGUUCGUAUUAUCAAUGGAUCAGAGGAAGGAACUUUUGCUUGGAUUACUGUUAAUUAUUUAUCAGAAAGGCUGGGUCUGAAACAUGAUUCUCAAAUGUUUCAUGUCAUAAAUGACUUGACAGUAGGUGCCUUGGACCUCGGUGGAGCAUCUACUCAAAUUACCUUUGUACCUGAAACGGACACCAAGAUUCCAUCCAAUUUUUCCUUGAGUUUUCCUUUGUAUGGCCACAACGUUAAAGUUUAUACUCACAGCUUCCCAUGUUAUGGUGUCAAUGAAAUAAUUCGAAGGUACAAAGCAAAUCUUGUGAAGAACCAUCUUGGAAAUUCUAGCGUUAUUAAUAGCCCCUGUUGGUUGAAAGAUAGUGUUCAUAACGACUCUGCUUCAGACCUAUUCAUGUCUCCUUGUACUAAAGAUACGAGAUAUCUUACCCAGAAAGAAUAUCAGUUUGUUGGUACAGGGAAUCUCCAAGAAUGUCAAAAAAAUAUAGAAUCACUCUUUAGCUAUACCAAAUGUUCUUACCAACAUUGUUCUUUCAAUAAUGUUUUCCAGCCAUUACUCAAAAAUGUAACAUUUUUAGCAUUUUCUGCUUACUAUUGGACUAUGAAAUCUCUUAACCUGACUCAAACAACAGAUACUUUCACUCUCGAAAAUUUCACAUCAGUUGCUGAUUCUUGGUGCAAUAAAACUUGGGAAGAGGCUCUCCUGGUUCCUGAUUUAAACAACACCAUUAAGAAACGUUUAUGCGCUGAAGCCAUUUAUGUAAAGACUCUUCUAUCACAAGGUCUUCAGUUUACUUCUGAUAAGUGGAACUUAUUACAUUUUAAUAAUUCAGUAUCUGGAAGUGACCUUGGCUGGGCCCUGGGUUUCAUGAUCUACACCAGCAACUCAAUUGCAUCAGAAACAGCUAAAGAUAUAUUAUCUGUUACUACUUAUGUUUUAUUGGGGAUUUUAUUUGUGAUUUUCAUCUUCUUAGCUAUAGGCUUUGGAGUUGUUGCUAAGAAUCACCGUCGGCAGACUUCUUUCUAUGUGACAGCACCAAAUUAUGGUUCCAGUGAUACGGUUUAA